AUGUUACAAUACCUGUUGGUUUGCUUCGUUUUACUCAACAGACAUAUCGCCGGCGGAAGCCUGUGUGCCACAAAGGUCAUAGUGCGUGUGCCUCGGGAUAAGGACAUUGGCCUGAUCUUCGAUCUGACCGUCACCAACCGUAUCAGAGGUGACACAAGGGAGACUCUAGAUUUCACGAUCGUCCCGAAUGGGGAAUGCUCUGUAAACACAACCGAAGGUGAGCAGGUGCACUCGAUGGGACGAAUCUUUGGCGGUGAUUUCGGUGCCGUUGAACCAGGCAAGAGUGAAACUGUUUCCCUAGUAUGGCCCACAGUGUCUCUGUACAAUCGAGUGGGCAGUUGCCCCAUUUUAAUCUCUGCUACGAGUGCCCAUGACACGGAUGCGGUAGCCACCUCCAGUCAGAUCCUGUAUUUUGAUACCCGCUUUGAGACUCUUGAUCCGCAUAGCAAUAAACUGCGCAAGCGAAUGGAUUAUACGGACUGUCACAAUUGGGACAUGGAUUACUUCCGGAACUGUACACCUUUAAAUUGCGAAAGGCGAUACUUUGGCAAGCGCAGCUUUUUCAACGUGGAAAAAGAUCAGUGCGAAGAGGUGUCAGACUGUUCGGGCCCUGGGGAAUACUACGAUAUUUUCAGCAAUGAAGGUGUCGAUCCAGGAAAUUUUGUCUCGAUGGAAGAAAUUGAUCUAAUCAAGCAGGGGAAGUACGAUUCAAAUUUUUUGCAUUUGCGAGGACCGCCACUGCAGGAAGUGCCGAAACCCAAUUUGGCAAAUCUUAACAAGAAAAAGAACAGGAAACUGGCUAUCCCACCUCGCCACCACUACAAUCCCAAUACGCAGGAGGAUUGCCACUCGUCUCGAAAACUGACCCUGGCUGAUUUCAAUGAUUGCUUUCAGCACUUAACGGAUGGACAGACCCAAUCCCAGGAACAAUCCGAAAACGAGAAUAUCCCUCAGAAAAAGUCACCAUUUGAGGUGCCAAUGCUGACCCAGCUCUAUUACGACUGGUUUCUGCCCUUGAGGACAGAUACCUGGGGGGAAAGAGGAGAGAUCAAAUUGAGUAUCCGAAAUGUCCCGUCAGGAUCGGAUCCUCUUAUAACUUGGGUUAGCAAGCUCCAUUGGAAUGAAUGGCUUCUGCUGAUCAUAAAGGGAAGCAUCAUUAUCUCAUUGCUAAUUGUGUUUCAGAUUUUUGCCACUCUGACCGCCUAUUUAGUGGUGUGCAUUGCCGUCUAUGGCUUCAUGGAACUGUAUACCUAUUGGACUUCUGACGAGGCAGCCCUAGCAUUGAUCCAGGAUUCUAGUUCUCAAACCAGCGUCUUUAGGCUUGUCACCACAGAAAGCCUGAUGUCCCAAAGAUAA